AUGCUCGCACGCCUUGGUCUGGUAGGGCUUGUGGCCAACUGUGCCUCAGGGGCCUAUGUGCAAUGGCAGGGCUGCGACGGCCCUUCAAGCAAGACAGAUGUCUUCGUUCCCCAGAGUCUGAGCACCACUUUGGUGCCGUCAGACGAUGGUCGUCAGAACCAGUUGGCCCUACGGGUCGGGAGAUGGAUGGAGGAAGCGGAAUGCCAGGAAUUGGCGCGAAGGAUGCCCUCGGCAACACUGGAAUUCGAAAUGCUGGGCCGGUCUGCUGUGUUUCAUACCACGACCAAGAUAACAUGUCAGAAGCUCAACUUCUCCAAGAAUUGGCGCUCGCCACUGAUCAACCCUGUCAGCCUAUAUCUAUCUAUCUCGGAAGAUAUCGGCCAUCUGCCACCAUUGUCGACGUUCCACACAACUUUGCACCUCGAGGGAAACGACUCGGAGAUCAGCUGUCGAGAAGCAAACAUCACUCCAGCAUUAAGUUCAACCAUCACCUCGAUCGUCACGUACUCGACAUGGUCCAUCUUUCUCUCUGUGCUCUUUGUCGGCAUUCUACGCUCUGCCUACAGCACACCGAUUACGCUAGACGAUGUGGAUGACGAAGAACGACGCUCGAUCCGGACGGUCCUGCCGAACGUAGGGGAUUGUCUCCAGUACCUUCAGUUCAUCUUCUUGACCGGCGGGCUCACUUUGCGGUAUCCCGGAUUCUACCAGCCGGUAGUCAGCCAUCUCAACUUGUUUUCGCUUUUUAUGAACGGCCCUAUCACCCACGGAGUGAUGUAUGAUAGGGUCGAGGACGGCAUCUACGUAUUGAAUGGCACAUACGGCGGUACGUACGGCCUGGAACUCAUGACCCAGAUCGCCGGCGCACCAAUGACAAUGGACACUUGGCUGAAUAUGGUGGUCAUCAUGUUCAUCAUUGCCGGUGGUGUCGCUUUGAUCCUGGAGGUCGUCUGGUUCGUGAAGCGAAGCCGCGACUCCGAUAGUGAGUCUUCACGUUCGGUCGGCGGUAUCAGACACACGUGCAGUCGUGUAUUGCGUGGUAUCUUGUCAUAUUUCAUGUUUCCGCUUGCUGCCUUGUCUUUUUAUCAGCUCGAUAAUGCCUCAAUCCUGCCCGCAUAUCAUAUAUCAAUGGCUGUCGCACUCAUUCUUGGCAUGAUGGUCGCUUUCAUCUGGCUUAUCCGAAAGAUUCCUAUUCGCAGCCUAGGCGUUUUCGUUUUCGAUAGCACUAAGCGUUAUCGCCAGCUCCAUGUCGCGGAUGAUGCCCGCCGCCAGGACGGAACCUUCAUUUUCGUCUUCAUUGCCGGUUUCCAAGCAUACUCGACAUUCUUCAUCGGCAGCAUUGCGGCCACCAUUCGGCUUUGCAGCUUGAUUUUCCUAGUUGUAUUCUUGCCCGGACUCGCGACAACGAACGGUGUCAAGAGUGCCGCCGGGUACCUUCUUCUAGCUGUUCACGGCGGUAUGCUUUUACUUGGCUUCUUUGUUCCUGCUCUCUGUGAGCUUUCGAAACUUGUCAAGGGCUGGUGGACAGCACCGCAACCUGAGAUCUAUGGUCUUCGCCAGCUUCGUCGACGUGAGGUGUCAAGAACCAACCUUGCAUCGAUGUACACUGCUAGCUCACCAGACACAUCGUACCCAGAGCCGAGCGCCGUCGAAUCACCCAACGCCGGCUAUCUUCGGCCGACGUAUCGGUCGGACAGUCCCAGCACUAUCCGCCUGGACUCUUCGACUACCUCUAGUCGAUACUUCCGGCCGCCGCGGUCCAGCGCGUCCAUCUCGUCGGUUGAGAACCCGCGCAGUCUCGGCUCCUCCUUGUACACUUCUUCUACGCCUUCCAGAACGACAUCGACAUCAACCACGUUGGUAGACAAGCGUUCUGUCCAGCGAUCCGAGUCAAUCCUGUCUCCCAGCCGGCUAUCCGAGUCGACCGAGGAAGAGUCUACUUCGACAUCCCAAAGGUCUUCUACCAGGCCCAGUGAUGGACCCCUCGGGCCACGGUGGAACGACUAUUCCUUCCGUGAAGCAGAUCUCUACUACAACGUACCUCGCCCGCCGCCAGUAGAAAGAGCAUCAGAAGAACUGCCCAGGCCACCAGCUCCGCGACCCUCCCUCCGGUCUUCAUCCGGACUAUGGGCGAGAGUCACUGGUCAAUCCGGGACGAGUGAGCAGGGGUUCCAGGUCGUCCGACCUCGACCGGCCUCGGAGCAAGGCUUCGUGGUUGUUCGACCCAACAGGCCGAGUAAUCUCGGUAACGGUGCUCCUGGAGGUGCGUCCAGGGCGCCACAGUGA